AUGUCAGCUGCACCAUCUCCUCCUCACGACUUUGAGCUUGAUCUUGAGCUAGACUUUGUUCCUGAUGAUCAGCCCGAUGCUGCACCUGCUGAUCCUAAGUCGAUACUUGCUCCUGCGCCUUUACCUGAUCAUGAACCUAUUCCUUUUGGCAUACUCGAUAUUGCACCCCUCAUACCUGAUCCAGUUCCUGCACAUGUUGAUCCUCCUGUUAUUGAGCCAUUAUUUCCCUCACCUGCACCCGCACCGGCUGAUGUUGCUCCUUUUCACCCUGUAGAGUCUGAUGUACAUCGUAUUGACUUACCUAUCGUUUUCUUACAGGACAUCCCUGUACUCCGUCCAGGAGAAGAGUCUUGGAGCUUGAGUCAAUACCCGUCCCUUACCGUGUCGUUGUCAGUCUACUUCUGUUCACCUCAUUCAUCACCGCCUCCUUUUGCACGUCCAUCUGCUCCUCUUACUCCUUUCCCAGAGUUUGGUGCUCGAUUCCUCACCGUCGAGCAGCAGCAACAAGUCACAUACAUUUCUGGAUUGUUUCAAGAUGUGGCGCUGUCACGAUGGAACCUUCGGGUUCAGAUAAUGGGCGAGGCUGCUGCGUAUGCUUUGACAUGGGAUGAGUUGAAAGAAUUGAUGCGUAAGGAGUAUUGUUCCCAGAUGGAGAUCUAG